UCCCCGCGCUGGGCUCGAGCCCAGGCAGGAGGAUGGAGCCGAGGGAGAGAGCGUGGUCCCCGGGCCGGGGAAUUAGGGCUGCCGAGCCGUUACCGGUCUGCGCAGCGUGGGCAAGCUCCGCGUUUUUCCAUGACUCUGAAGAGGAACUUUGGCUGCUUGUGGGCCUUAAGUCUGUACCUGGUAACCACUGACUCUUUGACCAUCCCGUCCAUCAGCGACCCGCGCUUUAUAGAGGAGUGCAUCGCAGCCCACAACGAAUGGCGAGGCAGAGUCCGGCCCCCCGCCGCCAACAUGAAAUACAUGGUGUGGGAAGAUGGUUUAGCAAAGAUGGCCAGAGCAUGGGCAAACAAGUGCCAAUUUAAGCAUAACGCCUGUUUAAACAUCCCAUAUGAAUGCUAUGAAAAUUAUCAAUUUGUUGGCGAAAAUAUCUGGUUAGGUGAAUCGAAAGUGUUUUCACCAAGGGACGCUGUUAUUGCUUGGUUUAAUGAAUCGAACUUUUAUGAUUUUGAUAGUAUAUCAUGUACUAAAGUUUGUGGCCAUUACACACAGGUAGUUUGGGCCAGUUCGCAUAGAGUUGGUUGUGCAGUUAAAAUUUGCCCUAACCUUGGAAAAGGUUCUACUGCAAUAUUUGUCUGUAACUAUGGACCUGCAGGAAAUUAUCCAAAUCAACACCCCUACAAAAAAGGAACCUCCUGUUCUCAGUGUUCAGAGAGAGAGAGAUGCGUAAAGAAGCUCUGCCAAAUUCCACAAAUUGUGCCUGACAGUGUGAAUGUGAAUUUAGGUGACAGUCCAAGGGGUGGAGCGUCACAGGAAGCAGCAUGCAACCUACUGAGCCUUGGCAUGCUCCUUCACAGAAUGGUUUAACAUGACAAGAAAGAAACAAUUCACAACUAAAUAACACUCAAGAGCACUUUAUCUAUUAAAUAUUCUAUACU